AUGGGAAUCCAUGGCUUGCUCCAGUUUAUCAAAGAGGCUGCUGAACCGGCUCAUGUGAAGAAGUACAAAGGACAGGUGGUUGCUGUGGAUACUUACUGCUGGUUGCACAAAGGAGCCUAUGCGUGUUCUGAAAAGCUAGCCAAAGGAGAACCCACUGAUCAAUAUGUAACUUACUGCAUGAAACAUGUGGAUAUGCUUCUGUCAUUUGGGGUCAAGCCUAUUCUAGUAUUUGAUGGAUGUACACUGCCUUCCAAAAAGGAAGUUGAAAAGUCUCGAAGAGAGAAACGGCAAGCAAAUCUUCUAAAGGGGAAACAGCUGCUCCGUGAAGGAAAAUUAUCAGAAGCUCGAGAAUGUUUUGCACGUAGUGUUAAUGUAACACAUGCUAUGGCCCGUGAAGUUAUUAAAGCCGCUCGAGCCCGAGGGAUUGACUGCAUUGUUGCGCCAUAUGAAGCUGAUGCUCAGCUAGCCUACCUGAACAAGAUGGGCAUAGUCCAGGCAAUAAUUACAGAAGAUUCUGAUCUUCUUGCUUUUGGAUGUAAAAAGGUAUUCCUCAAAAUUGACAAAUCUGGACAUGGCAUUGAAAUUGAUCAAGCUCGAUUAGGAAUGUGCAAACAGCUUGGAGAUGGAUUUACAGAAGAAAAAUUCCGCUACAUGUGUAUUCUGUCUGGCUGUGACUACCUUCCAUCAAUUCAUGGUAUCGGAUUGGGCAAGGCAUGCAAGCUACUAAAAAUCGCCAACAAUCCUGACAUUAUAAAGAUCAUUCGGAAAAUGGGACAGUAUUUAAAGAUGAAUAUUGUGGUACCAGAAGAAUAUAUACAAGGUUUUAUUCGUGCUAAUAAUACUUUCCUAUAUCAGUUGGUUUUUGACCCAGUCAGGAGGAAACUUGUUCCUUUGAAUGCUUAUAAAGAUGAUGUUGAUCCAGAAAUGCUGCUUUAUGCAGGGCGACAUUUUGGUGACAGUACAGCUUUUCAAAUUGCACUUGGAAAUAAAGAUAUCAAUACAAUGGAGCAAAUUGAUCACUAUAACCCAGAUGCUUCACAGCCUGUGCAGCCAAGAAGUCAUGGCUGGGAUGACAGGUGUGUGGGCGAGAAGCCAUCCCAUCUGAAGGGCCUUUGGAAUAGAGACUACGAACCUGGUUUCACUGCCAAGGUAACCACAAACUCGGCACCCUUGCUGGAGAAGCCUGCAACCAGAGGCAUAGAGAGGAUAGUCAACACGAAAGGGCUGAAACUUCCCAGCAAAGCACUUUUGGCAAAAAGGCCAAGGCAUGAUGAGCUAACAGAAGAAGAGCUGCUGGACCAAUAUUUUUCAAACACAAAAAAACCCAAGACUGAAAAAAGUGAAGAUGGAGAGCAACAUGAGGUUGUUAGUCCUCUGUCUCAGAUCCAUGUUUCAACGGACUCCUGCAAAAACAAAGAGAGUUCAAACUCUCAGUCUAGGCUGAGAAAUAAAUUUGCCUUCCUUCUGCAGAAGAAGAAUGAAGAAAGUGGCGCAGUUGUUGUUCCAGGGACCAGAAGUAGGUUCUUCUGCAAUAUUAUGGAUCUGCCUGGCAACUUAUCAAAGGGUAAAAAUGACCAACCAUCAAAAGACAAUAAAGGGAAUUGUCCAGUGAUGGAAACACAAAAUAGAGUAACGGAAGACCACAAUCCUUGUUCAUCAGAGACUGGAAAAACCAUCCCACCAUCGCUUAAGGCAGUGCGGACAAGUUGCUUCAGUUGGUCUAGAAGCCUUGCAGAAAGAUCUGGAACACCUAGCCCAUCUCAAAGUGUAGCUUUGCUAAAGCAGUUCCACCAACAGACACCCAACAAAGUCAUUCCACAGGGCUGUACAGUAUCUGGAUCCCAAACACUGAGCUCCACAACAAGAAAACAUUUAGGUGAAGAACCGUCACCUAUGGAAGGACUCAAGUGUCCUUUGGAACAGGAGCUUAGGACAUUGCCACAAAGCAGCCUGAAUCAUUCAGAAAAUUUUCUAGGAGUGAAGACAAAAGUUGUUUCUGGCCCAGAAUCUGACCACAACCCAGAACCAGAUUGUAACCAGAAUUCUCAGAUGUCUCCACUUCCAGUAUGUACGGAGAGUAAGGAUACAGUCCACAAGAAUACGGUCCCUGGUUUAUGUAAAACCAGUUCUGUGCAAUCGUGUGCUGUGACAAAGUGCAAGUCACUGUUGCCUGCCAAAGCAAGUGGUUUAAGCAAGAAAAUGCUUGGAACAAAGAGGAAAAACCAUCACAAUGCAGAAAAUAAGUCAGAGCAGCAGGUGAAGAUUAAUGAAUUGUGGAAGAAUUUCCAGUUUAAAAGGGAGUCUGAAAGGCUGCCCUCUUGUAGAAAACCAGAGCCAUUGUCUCCAAUCAAAGAUAACAACAUCCAGCUAACUCCAGAUGCAGAUGAUGACCCUUUUAAUAAAGUUGAAUUCAGUCAUGUACAGCGGAAAAUAUUUCAGUGAACUGAUGCUGAGGAUCAGAGCAAUUUUAUAAUCAUUGGUCAGCAGGACUUCUGAACAAAUCUGGAUUAAUUGCUCCCAAAUGCACAAAUCAAAGUUACACUUGUAUAUUUUUGUAGGUGAACUAUCUAUUUUAA